UUCUUUCUUCCCUCUUUCACUUUUCAGCAACGAAACAAAAUACAAAGUAAAAAUCACGCACAACUAAUAAAAAUUUAAAGCACUUUACUAAAGCAAAAAUUGGCAUUGGAAAAUAAGUGAAACCCAAUAAAGAAAAACAUCAAUUUAAGCAUUUUUUACUAACCAAAUUACAAAAGAAACAGAAGGAAUCAGAAAUAAAAUUUAAAAAAUCGAAAUCAAACAAAUUGAAGGAAAGUGUGAAGGCGCAACGAAAAAAUCGCGACAAGCAUAAUAAAAAACGCGUUCAAACAGAAAAAUCGCACACUCCAGCAAAAUGUCUUCGGUCAACGAUAUUGUCUCAGCUGAAAAUCAACCAGUCGCAGGCUCAGCUAUACAAAUGUCACAAAUGCAAACGACAAAUGCGGCGUCAAUGCCGUCUCCAUCAAACGACCAGUACCUACCAGCCACUCAUCAAUAUUUUCAUCAUUGCAAGCAACAGAAACAACAGCAGCAGCAACAGCAGCUUUUAUUACAACAACAACAAUCAACUCUGCAAUCACAACGUUGUGUAAUGCGCAUACCGAUGCAACAGCACGCACCCGCACCGCAGCAACAGCAGCAGCAACUACCGCUGCAGCAGCAAUCCUAUGGGUCACUGAAACCGCAACAAUAUCAGUACCACAACAACAUUAACAUGCAUCCAAACCACGUGAGCGCCACUCUAAAUGCGAGCAGCAACAUGCCAAUGUACAACAACAGCAGCAGCGGUGUGGGCGGUGGUGGUGGAGUUGGUGGCGCCGAGGUCAAAAGCGGCGGAGCUACCGUUACAUUCGAUGAAUUCACGGAAUUCUACUGGCCACAUGAUAACCAGCCGCAACAACAAAUCCCAACACAGCAUGGCAAUUGCAACAACAUCGAUGCUGGCGGUAUAGAUAUCGGCAUUGCUUCCACAAUGGGUGUUGCAGACACUACAAAGCCCUCCAACAUCAGCAACACCGGUCGCACUUUCAUCACGCCUGCAGACAUACCGCCACCACCCCCGCAUCCGCCUAAUAUAACGGCACGCAAACGUUAUCUUAGCACCAGCCAAAGUAUGGAGGAGCGACCGCGUGAGAGUGGGCGCUGUCAAUGCGAGCAUCCAAUUGAGUUUGUGGCGCAACAACAGCAGUCCACACAGCAGGCGCAAGCUAUUUUGCAACAACAGCAUCAACCAGCAACACAUCAGUCAUAUGCCACUCAUCAUAAUGCAUAUCUGCCAACGCAACAGCAACAACUACAGCAACAGCCACUUCAACAGCAGCAACAGCAACUAACACAGCCAACAUAUCGUUCACACGCGCUCAGCCAGUGUUCUCAUAAUGAUUACAAUCAUUUGCCUCCACCACCACCUGCCACACUAACGCGUGCCGACUCGCAUCGGAGCCAUCACAACUUGGUGGCAGUAGCCAGUUCUUCGUAUUAUAAAAAUCGUUUCUUCGAUGAUGCGCCACUGCCACCACCUUCGCAUCUCUCCACUUCAUCACUGUCAUCGAAGACUACCUUCGAAACGAGGCAAUUGAAGAAUCUGGGCUACUCACCCAUGAAAAUACGCAAGCUGCGUAUCAUACUCGGCACCAUCUUCGCACUAGUCCUGAUCGCCACACUCGCUGUGGUGUUGACAUUCAUCAUCAAAGCUGGGGAUGAUGAUGAUGUCACGCCAGACACUAAAGAGAACGGCGUUCAAUUGGAUGAGGUGAUAUCAGGUGCAUUAGCGGCGCAUCGCUUCAAUGCGACGUGGGCAUCCAAGUCAAGUUUACUCUACCGAGAAGGCAAUACAAUUGUCGAGUACGAUGUGAAGACGAAAAAGAAGAAGGUUCUCUUGUAUGAUGAGCACCAACAAAUUUCCAUGUUUGAGAAGUCCGCAGAUGGUGAACUGCUGUUAUUGGCCAAGAAUUUGUCCAAACACUUCCGUCACAGUGACUUUGGGCAAUACGACAUCUACAAUAUCACAUCUGGUCAGAUUCAACCGUUAACCAUCAAUGGCGUUCAACACUUACUUCUUUUUGCACAGUGGGCACCCGUUGGCAAUGGACUGAUACUCAAUUUCGACCGUAAUCUAUAUUAUAAAACAACAGCCUACGCGGAUGCCAUACCCAUCACAAGCGAUGAAAACCUUGCCAUCUUGAAUGGUAUACCUGAUUGGGUGUAUGAAGAGGAGGUGUUCAGCUCGAACACGGCCACAUGGUUCAAUCCGACUGGCACACAAAUCGCAUUCAUCAAAUUUGACGACUCGCCAAUACGCGCAAUGGAUUUGCCCAUCUAUGGUGAGGCCAAUGAUCUGCGCUUCCAGUAUCCACUCAGCAAAUUGGUACCCUAUCCGAAGGCGGGCUCCUCGAAUCCGCGUGUCAGUCUCUAUACUGUCGAUUUGGAGCGUGCGGCACAAGGUUUAGAGUUUCUCACGCAGAUUCCUGUGCCCAGUUCCUUAAACACUGAAACCGAUUAUAUUAUCUCGGCGGUGGAGUGGCUGGAUAGCGAGCGCGUACUAUCUGUGUGGAUGAAUCGUAUACAAAACUUAGCGUAUCUACAAGUGUUCGAUGGUGUACGUCGAACUGAGAUUUAUAAUAUUGAGUCCAAAACUGGUUGGGUCAAUUUGUUUACGCCACCCUUGAAGAAUCGUGACGGUUCACGCAUAGCUUUUAUACUGCCACAAUUGCAGAAUGACCAGACAUAUUAUCGUCAUCUCUGCGUACUCUCCACCAAAACGGCUAGCGGCACUGUCGAGAUACUUACAAGAGGAAAAUUUGUUGUUGAAAACUUACUUCAUUGGGACGCGGAUAGCGACAUAAUCUUCUAUAUAGCCAAUACGGAACAGAGUUCCGAAGUGGCACAACUGUAUGCAAUCAAAGCGGAGUUGGGCCGUACACCACAGUGCCUCACAUGUGACCUGCACGCAUCGGGCGGUGUGCAGCAAACAUACUACGAAGUUUCAUUUAGCCACGAACGUCAAAUGGCGAUCAGUUCAGAAGGUCCUGGUGUACCGAUGACUGUCAUUUAUGAAUGGACUCCCGAAACUGAUAGAGUUACACUUAGAAAACUCUUGGAUUGGGAGUUAAACGACGAGUUGCAUACCAAGUUGAAGUCGAAAGCUAUGCCCACCCAUGAAAUUCAUACCUUCCCAAUUGCUGAUAACUUUACUGCCAAGGUUAUGCUACAAUUGCCGCCUAAUCUCGAUCGUAGUGGCAAUACAAAGUAUCCACUACUUGUAGAUGUAUAUGGUGGACCCGACUCUACCUCGGUGAUCUCGCGUUGGAUGAUCGACUGGGGCACAUACCUCUCGUCGAACCAGUCUGUGAUCUAUGCCAUGAUCGAUGGACGCGGUUCAGGCUCACGUGGCGAUAAGCUCUUGCAUUCUAUUUAUCUUAAGUUAGGUACUGUCGAGAUCACCGAUCAAGUGAAUGUAACCAGGCAACUACAACAGAAAUUUCCAUUCAUCGAUGCCAAUCACACUGGCAUCUGGGGCUGGAGUUAUGGCGGUUAUGCAGCCGCUAUGGCUUUGGCUAAUGAUGAUUCUCAAGUUUUCCGUUGUGCUGCCUCUGUGGCGCCAGUCACCGACUGGGCUUACUAUGACUCCAUAUACACCGAACGUUAUAUGAGCCUGCCCAAACUGAACGAAGAAGGUUACUCAAGUUCUCAACUCACCACACGCGCAAAUCGUUUACGUGGCAAGAAAUUUAUGCUCAUCCAUGGCACACUCGAUGAUAAUGUGCAUUAUCAGCAGACUAUGGUUUUGGCAAAAAAUUUGGAGAGAUUGGAUAUCUUGUUUAAACAGAUUAGCUAUACGGACGAAGAUCACAGCUUAGCGUCGGUGCGUCCGCAUUUAUAUCAUUCGCUGGAUCGCUUCUUCGGCGACUGCUUCAGCAAGAAAAGUAUGAUCGCACGUUGGAGUGGCAAAUGAUUGUAUCGUUAUAACAACAGCAACAACAAAAGGCAAAGUAAGAAGCUAGCCAUUUAGCGAAGGCAAAGGGAAGAAGAAGAAGAAAAAAGAAGGCAAAAGAGUAGCGUAAAAACAAACUGGUGAAUAAACUAAUGACAAUAUCGGUGGAAAUAAAAAUGUUUUUCAACAAAAAUUACGGAGAACAAAGGAAUCGAAAGUUAGAGAGCUAGAAGUAAAAAGGAAAUAUAGAAAAAAAAACCGGAAAACUAAAUCAAAAUGAAGCAGCAGCGCAGGCGAAAGAAUUUUGGUACUUAACUAACAUAAGUAUGUAAGUGAGCCGCAGACUUUCAAAUGUGCACUUUAUCUAUGUGCAUAUGUGCGUACCUAUUGAGCGAAUCGAGCAACAAAUCUGGAGAGAUUCGGAAUAUUAUGCGGCGAAGAGAAUCAACAAAGCUACAUAUGUAUGUAUGUAGUGGUGACGCACAGCGUUGACAAAUUUUAUUAGCAUUAAAAUUGUAAUACUAAUUACAACAAAACACUAUUACGAAGAAAAGGAAAAAACAAACAGUGAAAGUAAAUUACAAACAGUUAGAAAAUGUCAAAAUAUCCAGUUAAGAAAAAAACAAAUGACGGACAAAAAUUAUCAAAAAUUUGAAGCAUUUAAACCAUUGGCGGUUAAGACAAAAAUAUUGCUUGCUUGAAAAAUUUUGCAAUAAGUAGUAGAAAUUUCAGAAAAAUAAUUCGCAUGGUAAAUUCGUAUAGGAAUACAAGUACAUAUUUAUGUACAUACACACACAUAUAAAACACUCCUGUCAAGUGAAGAGAUUAAUUGAGCAUAGCUAGUUGUUGUUGUUGGUGCCUCAGUUCUAUGAAUAUUAACUCUUUGUAUGACAAAACAAAAACAAAAACAUUUUAAUUAUUUUUAAAGCAUAGAAUUUUUAACAAAUAAUAACUCUUUGAAUUGUUCACACAUUUCAGCUGACAAAGAAAUUUAAAACAACAAAUGUGAUCGUCGAUGUUAAACUAUUUUGUUCCCUGUUAUUGUAAAUUUUUUUUUGUGUAUUUUUGUAGCAGCACACACUUAAACACACAAUUCGAACUAAACUUAAAAAAAAACUUUGAAAACAAAACAUUUGAAAAAAUUUUUGAAAAAUGUUUUUUUACUAGAAAAUAAGUUUGUUAUUAUUUUUUUUAUACUCAUUAAAUUUGUAAAGUUAGAGUUAUAUUAAUUAACUCUAUUAAUUCUUAAAAUUAUCUGCUUGAACUUUCCACUGGCUUUCAAUUCUUAAAAAAAUCGUUUCCCGCUUUAAAAGCACAAUAUAUAAAAAUUGCUAGCAAUUUUUAUUUUUUAUGAUAAAAAAUUUUUUAAAGGCCAAAAAUAUUUUCAAGGCACUCCGCUUCCAAUUGUAUAGAAGUAUUAUUGAAUUUAUGUUUUUUUAUUAAAAACUUUUUUCCAAAAUUGAAAAAAAAAAUAAUUUCCAAACACUCCUUUACAAUUACGCAUAUUUGCAAAUAUUUUUCUUCUGUUUUAAAAUUUAUAUAUUUUUUUUUGAUUCAAAAGUUAAAAGAAAAUUAAAUUUUUUAACGGAAUUCUGCUUUUGAUUUAAUUUUCAAAAACCUGUACUCUUGUUCGAUAAAAAUAUGUAAAACAGUGCCCGCUUUCAGUACGUAAAAUAUAAAAAAUUUAAUUUUAAGUUUUCCAAAAAUUUUCGUGUACAUAUUUUAUAAUAUUUUUUAAAUCAAAACACAUAUUUUGAUUCGUUAUUGAAUUUUAAGCCACUUAUUCGUAACAUGAAAAUAUUUUAUUUAUGUCCAUUUAAAUUUUUGAUCUUUCCAAUACUCCGCAAAUGGCGUAAAGAGCGAUUGAAUGGAAAAAUGUAAAACUGAACUUUUUAUUAGCAGUAGUUGCGCAUGCGUAGAUGCCAUUAUAAAGCAAAUAUUCUAAAAACUAAUUAACAAAAAGCAUAUAGAAAAAAAAAACAAAAAAAAAAAUACAAAUCACUUCCAAAGCCGCUCCAAAA